AUUUGAUUGCCCUUCUCUGUCAAACUAACAGACGUUAAAAAUUCAGAAAAACCCAUUUUUGGGGCACCCUCAAGAUCCCAAUGUCCUAAGAGAUCUCCAUCUUAACCACUUGUUCCGGUGACAGAGCAGCUGUAAUCUCCAUUGCUGAUAUACCCUUUUCCUCAUCUGGGUUCUCCUCGUCGUUCACUUCUGGGUAUUGGGUUGUUCUUGUUCGAGCUGGUUAUUUGCUAGUUUUUGGGAGAUUUGAGCGUUGGGAGAGGCGGUGCUCCAGAAGAAAUGAGGGUUUGGAGGUGGGUUUUUGUUGGGGUUCUCGUUGCUGCCUUUGUUUUGAGGAUUGGUGCUUUCAAGCUGGGCCGCAGUCAUCACACUGAGCGAAUUUCAGGUAGUGCUGGUGAUGUCUUGGAAGAUGACCCAGUUGGAAGGUUGAAGGUCUUUGUUUAUGAGCUUCCUAGCAAAUACAACAAGAAGAUUUUGCAGAAGGAUCCAAGAUGCCUUACCCAUAUGUUUGCAGCUGAGAUCUUUAUGCAUAGGUUUCUAUUAUCUAGUCCUGUUAGAACCCUCAAUCCUGAGGAAGCUGAUUGGUUUUACACACCUGUAUACACUACUUGUGACUUGACACCAAAUGGCCUGCCUCUGCCAUUUAAGUCACCACGAAUGAUGAGAAGUGCAAUUCAGCUCAUUUCUUCGAACUGGCCUUACUGGAAUCGGACAGAAGGUGCCGAUCAUUUUUUUGUGGUGCCACAUGACUUUGGAGCAUGCUUCCAUUAUCAAGAAGAGAAGGCCAUUGAAAGAAAAAUUCUUCCAUUGCUUCAACGUGCUACAUUGGUUCAGACUUUUGGACAGCGAAAUCAUGUCUGCUUGAAGGAGGGUUCAAUUACAAUUCCACCAUAUGCUCCACCCCAGAAAAUGCAUACACACCUGAUUCCUGAAAAAACUCCUAGGUCCAUUUUUGUUUACUUCCGAGGAUUGUUUUAUGACGUGGGAAAUGACCCAGAAGGCGGUUAUUAUGCGAGAGGUGCUCGAGCAGCAGUCUGGGAGAACUUCAAGGACAAUCCACUCUUUGACAUUUCAACUGAGCACCCAACAACAUACUAUGAGGACAUGCAACGUGCCGUGUUUUGCCUGUGUCCACUUGGGUGGGCUCCAUGGAGCCCUAGAUUGGUAGAAGCUGUGAUAUUUGGAUGCAUCCCUGUCAUCAUAGCUGACGAGAUUGUUCUACCCUUUGCCGAUGCAAUCCCGUGGGAAGAAAUUGGUGUAUUCGUUGAUGAGAAGGAUGUUCCCAACUUGGACACCAUACUCACAUCGAUCCCACCAGAAGUAAUACUAAGAAAGCAGAGACUGCUUGCAAACCCUUCAAUGAAACAGGCAAUGUUAUUCCCACAACCUGCUCAACCAGGAGAUGCUUUCCAUCAAGUUCUGAAUGGGCUUGCCCGGAAGUUGCCGCAUGAUAACACUGUUUACUUGAAACCAGGUGAAAAGAUCUUAAAUUGGACUGCAGGCCCCGUUGGUGACCUCAAACCUUGGUAGCAGUUGUAAUGUAAUUGAUGUUGUUGUAAUGUCAAACAUCCUUCAAAACGGCUAGCUCAUUGUCUCUCUGAACGUUAAUCAGGCUUGUUAGUCUUAUUUGGCUACAGAUUAUGUAUGAAAUGUAUAUCUCCAUUCCUCCUAAUGCAUUAGAUCAGUAAAUUGCAUCAUUGUUGGAUGUUAUGAUCCUUUUCGAGAUAUUGAUCGAAGAGAAAUGAAUAAUAACACCAAUUUUUA